AUGAGUUCUUCACCAGCAAAUCGCAUCAUCAUCGUGGGCGGCGGCCUGGGCGGUCUAGCCCUUGCUCAAAGUCUCAAAAACGCCAACCCUCCGAUCCCAUUCCACGUCUUUGAGCGGGAUACUUCGGUGGCCUUCCGCACCCAGGGCUACCGUAUCCGUAUCUCCCCCGAUGGAGCCGCUGCUCUCCAGAAACUUCUCCCCGGCCACCUUUGGCAGGCCUUCGAAGCAACCUCCGCUCCGAUGCAGCCAGGGUUCAGCCGAAUGGAUGCCAUGACCGGCCAGCCCACUGAGUGGGCAACGCCUCUUCCCGGCCCGCCUCCCAAGACCGGGGCUGGACGACAGGGAUUCCAGGAAGGCAAAGCGUACAAUGUUGACCGCGCCAUUCUCCGCAGCAUUCUGCUAGAAGGCCUGGAAGAGCAUAUUUCAUUUGGGAAGAAGUUUCAAAGCUACAUCACGAAUUCCGAAGGCCAGGUUGAAGUUACUUUUGGUGAUGGGAGCAAGGAGAUAGGUAGCCUCCUGGUCGGUGCGGACGGCACUCGCUCGGCUAUCCGACGACAGCUAUUGCCCAACUUCACCGUGUUGGACACCGAAGGCCGAGCCGUGUUUGGAAAGACCUUUCGAACACCAGAGUUGGCGUCUGCUGUGCCUGCCGAAAUUGUCGGCGGCAUGUCACUUACUGGAGAGUCCAGCGAGAGCCCGCUGAAGCUCUUUGGCGACAACAUGGUGUUCGACAAGACCCUAGACUCAGUCAUGAGGACGAAAUACCACAUUCCAUCUGAUUACGUCUACUGGGUCUUGUGCUUCCGCGACGACGUAGUGCCAACAAAAUCUGAGGAGCUUUUGAGAUUCGACCAUGCCCAAUCGGCUCAACAGGCACAAUCCAUGGCAUCGCCGUGGCACUCGUCGAUACGUACGCUGAUCGAAAAGCAAGAUGUGGAGUCCGCAUCUACCCUUGCUUUCCAUACGACCUCUGAGGAGCUUUUCACAUCGGCUUGGAGCGAGUUCAUCAACUCUGCCGAGGACACGCAUCCAAUGGCCACAUUGCUCGGAGACGCAGCUCACCCCAUGUCACCCGUCGGAGGUGUUGGUGCGAACUCGGCAUUCCAAGACGCUGCCGACCUGUUCGGAGCGCUGGUUGAAAUUUCUUCCGGCUCAAGACAGACCCAAGACAAGAUUGCCAGGUUGAAGGAGUACGAGCGAUCAAUGGUAGAGAGAGGCGUGGUCAUGGUGAAGCGGAGCACUGGGGGCGCAGGACACAUGUUCGCCAUGAGACCUGUGGCGGAGCUCAAGCCGGUGACGCAUUGA